AUGGGCUUUAAUAUUUUUGGAUGCGACGUUAUGGGGGAGUUAAAACGAAUGAACGGCCGACAACUUUUUUACCAAGCGUUGACGUUCGCUAUGGUUCUUUCUUCAGCACUAAUGAUAUGGAAGUCCCUAAUCGUUAUUACAAACAGUCCUAGUCCUAUUGUUGUCGUUCUGAGUGGAAGUAUGGAGCCGGCCUUUUAUCGAGGUGAUCUCCUCUUUUUGACAAACUUUAAGUCAGAGCCUUUGAAUGUUGGAGAUAUCACCGUUUUUAAGAUUGAUGACCGUGAAAUUCCCAUCGUACAUCGUGUCCUGCGUAUUCACCGAUCAAAUAAUGGGACAGUGAAAUUUUUGACUAAAGGCGACAAUAACGCCGUGGACGAUCGGGCUCUCUAUCCUCAGGGCCAGGACUGGCUUGAAGAGAAGCAUGUUAUGGGCAAGGCAAAAGGGUUUCUUCCAUAUAUCGGUAUGGUGACAAUAGUAAUGAACGACUACCCAAAAUUGAAGUACGCUGUGAUUGCAUCACUGGGUGCCUUCAUGCUGAUUACUAGAGAACAGUGA